UGCACAUAAAAGAUCAAUAGUAGCUUCUGGAAAUUAAUUUCUCUGUAGGUUCUUAAUGGUGGUUCUGCUAAAUUCCAGGUAAUUUUCAUAACAAAGCUGGUUAAAUGUGGACUCAGCUAUCUGAAUAAUGACUUUCCACAGGAUACAUGUUUCCAAAAAUUAUUAUAAAAAGGUCUAUAUAGCCAUCCCUCUCCCUCAAUACUGAACACUUGAAAGUACUAUGACUGACCCACUUCUUUACCCAACCUUAGGGUCAAUGGUCUGGAUUUGUUGGAUUAAAAAGUUGGAGAUUUUUGGAGAUUAUGAGGGUAGAACUCAGGAUCGUUCUUCUGAGUUUGAUUCCUCAUAUCUAAGAAGAAACACAUUAGAAAACUCUGACAUAUAUUAUACAUUUCUUAUCUUUUUAUUCUUACAGAAUCCUAUUUCAAUAUGAACAUUGCUCUUUCUGCACCUUGGAAACAGAAACCUUAGAACAUUUGUAUUUACAUGUAAUGCAAGUAUGCCUUUUUUGGACACUGGGCACUUUUCCACAUCUGGUUAUCUUUAAUCCUCCAUCUAAUGUAUCUGACUUUGGUUAGUCUAUUAUAGUAUUAUAAUCAUGGGCAAUUACCAUUAAAGGUGGCACCAAACCCUCAUACACUUUGUUUAGUGAUUGAUUUUGUAAAUUAUUUUAAAUCCCUAAAAUGCAUAACAAAUAGCUUAAGAACAAACUAACAUCUAAAAUCAUUACGUUAAUGUCUCAGUAUUUAGCCUAUUGUUUUAAAUGGGAGCUGAUCUGAUUUUAUGACGGUGUUAAUGAUGGUUGUAAAUGUUGAGCUAAUAGAUCCGUUACAAACGGAAAUGCACGUAUUAAUUUGAAAGCCUAAAUCAGUGUACUUCCGGUCUUUAAGCUGCUGAAUUGACGCAUAGCUGAACAUGCGCCUCAUAUCUACGAUCUCCGGGGGGAAACUGAACGCGCAGCGCUAUUCCGAUGAGUCUGACGGAGCGGUCCAUGCUCACUGACUUUAAUAUCUCACCAUCUAAAGUUGUUUUGUUUUUUCUGGAUCUAUAACUGGCCAUUGAUCUUCCAUCAUUGCUGUGGGUAUGCGUCCAUAAAGGUGUGUGUGAGAUUGCAGCAUGCAUUCGGUCCAGGCAGGGAUGUGGGACCCCCAGCCCCCGUCUAAACAUGCCUCACACCUCCCUACGCCAGCCCCGUCCAACUUACGCCUCGCCCAUGUGACCACAGCCACCCCGGCCAAGCGGAUCACCUUCUACAAAAGCGGCGACAGCCAGUUCGGGGGCGUCAAGAUGGCAGUCCACAAGCGCAGCUUCAAAUGCUUCGACGCCCUGCUGGACGACCUUUCCCAAAAGGUGCCUCUGCCAUUUGGCGUGCGGACUGUAACCACUCCCCGCGGCAUCCACGCCGUCAAACACCUAGAGCAGCUCCAGGAUGGCGGCUGCUACCUCUGCUCUGACCGUCGCCAGGCUAAGCCAGUCAACAUGGAGCUGGCGAGCAAACGCCCAAGCAUCUGGCACCAUCACAGCCGUAGGCCUCAGCGGCCCCAAACCUCGUCCACAACACCGCCUGGCCACAGGCAGCGACGGAUCCUGCUGGUGAAGAACAGCGAGCCUGGGAUGAGGAGGAGUGUGGUGCUAAGCAGGAGGUCGACACGGAGCCUGGUGGCCUUUCUUGAUGAGGUGUCCGAGGUGAUGCAGUUUCAUGUCCGCAAGCUCUACACUGCAGACGGACGCAGGAUCGACAGUGUGCAAAGCCUGAUGACUUGUCCUGGUGUGUUGGUGUGUGUUGGCCGGGAAGCCUUCAGCCCACUGCUGGUAAACUUUAUCAUGAAGAACUCAGAGGAAAAACUGCCCAGUCUGGGCAGCAGGUCCCCUGGUCUUGGCCCCAGGACUCCUGGAAAUGGAGCCCGAUCUCCUGCUACUCAAGGAGCAAGAUCCCCACCUCAUGGAGCUCAGUCCAGAACCAGCGAGUACAGUGAUGGGCAUGAAAGCAAGAAAAAUGUUAACUUUGGUCUGGAAACCAAAAAAAGCAUCAUCCACCCUCGUUCAGAUUCCUCAAACCGCUCCACCCGUUUCUCCUUGUCUUCAGAGAAGUCAUAUGGCAAUGGUGUCAACACCUACUCCCAGGCCAGACCGUCUAUUAUGAACGAGGACAUUGAAAAGCGUGUCCUGGUCAAUAAAGAUGGCAGCCUCUCAGUAGAGAUGAGGGUGCGUUUUCGCCUACACAAUGACGAGACUCUCCAGUGGUCUACACAAAUUAAAAAAUCCCCAUCUCUGACCAAUGAAUGUUGCCCCCUGAGCCAGGCCCAGCCCCAUUACCUGCAGCAGGGUCAAUCAGAGAGCUGCUCUGACCCGGAUUCCGCGUCCUUCGACCCAGAGUGUGUGGAUUAUUCCAACCAACCUCUGCAGCGUUCAUCAGAGGGGAACCGCUGCCCCUGCUGCUACCAGAGACAGGAACAGCAGUACGACUUGUGGGAAAACCCAGCACACAGCCACAAACAGCCUCCUGUCCCUCCCCCACUUACAUCCAGCCACACCCACACUAUGAUGAGACAUACACACUCUUCUAGCUCUUCUUCAUCAUGUAAUUCCAGAAGGGUGGUGCGCUGUCGAGCACAACUCUCCAACUGUGGAGGAGGCUCAGGUUCAGAGCAGAGUCACCUAGUCCAGGAGGAGAUGUGUAUGACGGAGCAGGUUGAGCGCAGAGUGGAGGUGGAGCAGGAUGGAGACACCCAUGUAGAGGUGUGCAGGGUGAGCCGAUGCUGCAGCCGCAGUGAAGUAGUUGCCAUGGAUAGCAACCUACGACCACUUAGCCGGAAGUCAGUAGAGGAUGAGCUACUGAUGGAGGAAGAGGGGGAGCGUCCGCUGUCUGCAGUCAGCACCUCCUCACAUGUUCUGCAAUCACUGAAAGAGGACCAGGAUGAUGACCUGCCACCCAGCGCCUCACAAUGCGGUCAUAGCAAUGAACCAUCCCCAACCUUCCAGACUCACCUGAAUGACAAACCAACAAGCAACUUCUUGGCCGGUUCCAACAACUCUACCGAACACAAGAAGCAUGAGGACGGGGAAGAGAGAGGAAGCAGGGCAGUAUCUGCAGCUUCUUCCUGUCACUGUGGAGCAGCCACCCCACAUUCAACAGCUGAAGCAGAGGAGAUCCAUCGUGCUCCCAGCUCCAUGCCCAAAAUGAGCAGAGGGUCUUGCAGGUCCAGCAAGGCCAAGAUCCCAAACUCAGAGGAAGAGGGAGCUGCAGAUGAUGAGGAUGAAGAGAUAAAGAGGGUUGUUAGUGGCUUGUCUGGUCACACAGAACUUUCAGCAGGCUCUUCAUCCAGUGUAUGUCCUAACUGUGGCGGCUGCAAACGUGGGGUCAACUCCGUUUCCAAUAGUAGAGCAUUACAGAGGUCCCAUCAUUCCCACCGAGCCUCUCCAAAGCCUGCCACACCUCUCUCCAACCAAGAGAAUGGCAAUAACAGCAGUGAUGAUGAUGGCUCAGAUGUUUCAGCUGUGUCAACACAAUCCAACAAGACCAACCUCACCAACCAUGGGCGCUUCUCUGCAAUAUCAAAUGUCCUGGACGGCAGAGCAUCUAGUGCCAUGUCCACAACGUCCAAUCCUGAGGCAAAAGGAAAAUGGGAAGAAAGGGCUCCUAGCGCCACAAGCCACAGGUCCAAUAGAUCACACAAGUCUGGCUGUAAUGAGGAGGAGGAGAGAAGCCCCAGUGCCAUGUCAGCUCAGUCCAACCUGUCUGCCAAGUCCAGCAAGUCUCACAAGUCCAAAUGCAGCGACACAGCUGAGGCUCCUGACAUCAAGACAAGACAGGUGGCUGAGGGAGAGAACGGUGUAGAGAGAGCACUUAGCUCCUUGUCAGCCAAAUCUGGUGCUUCGGCAAAGACCAGUGCUUCAGUCAAGUUAAGUAUUAAGGUUGCCUCCCCAACUGAUAAUACAGCUGUGGAAGAGAAUGACACAAACAAAAGAACUCCUAGUGUUCUUUCUGUUAAGUCUAAUGCUUCUGACAAACCUGGCGAAGCAGAAAGACCUGAUAGUGUCCUGUCUGCUAGAUCAGCUAAAUCAAAUGUAUCAGCAAAGUCCAGCACAUCACGCAGGUCCACUUGCAGUCAUUGUUUGAGAGCAGUAUCUCCAGGUGCUAAGGCAGCUGAUGAACCCGUUAUCGAAGCAACAGGACAGGAAGAAGGAAUGGAGGCAGAGGAGAGAGCAGUGAAUGCCAUGUCAGCCAAGUCCAAUCUGUCUGUCAAGUCUAAUAAAUCCCAUAAGUCCACCAAAGCUUCGGAAAGGUCACUUUCUCCCAGGUCAGAAACUGGACGAGAUGGAGAAGAAAGGACAGCGAGUCAAAUGUCUGGCAGAUCAGUUAAAUCUAAUAUGUCUGUUAAGUCUUCAAAGUCAUGCAAGUCCAACUGUAAUGGCAAUGAAAUUGCGGCAUCUGCAAGAUUAAGGGUAGCUGAGGAAAAAGAAAAUGAGAUGGUAGAAGAGGAAACACAGCAGAGGCCAGAGAGUGUAAUGUCUGCUAAAUUGGAAAAUGAGAGGGCAGCCAGUGCAGGGUCCUCUAAAUCUCAUGAGUCCAACUGUAAUGAGAACACAGGAGCAAAUUCUGAAAUAGGAGACAAUACAGGAGGCGGUGAAAAAGCUGAGGACCGGGCCGCCAGUGCUUUAUCUGGCAAAUCAGCUUCUUCUGCAAAGUCUCACCACCCAAAUUGUGACGCAAGUUCAAGAGUGGCUUCUCCAGCUAAAGACACAGCAAAGACAGAGGUGGACAGCAUGGAGGACAGAACCCCCAGUGCCAUAUCAGGGAAAUCACACACCUCUUCAAAGUCAAACUGCACUGCAGCAUCUCCAAAUCCAAAUGAAGCUGAUGUUCCUUCUAUUGAGACAAAUCGAGUAGAGAACCAAAAUGAAAAUCAAGAGCGGGUGUUCAGUGCCAUGUCUGUAAAGUCAAAAUCUUCAGUGAGGUCCAGAACUUCCCACAUAUCAAAUUCGAGCAAGAAUCUCAAAUCGGUGUCACCAAGUCCAAAUGUUGUCAUCAUUAAAAAAACAGAAAGGGUUGAUGAGGAAGAAAAUGAGACAACAGUGAGAGCACCAAGUGCUGCAUCAGCAAAAUCAGGGAAAUCUAAUGUUUCAUCUGCUUCCAAGUCCAAUCAUAAUAGAACAGCUGAUAUUGCUGUUAUUAAAACAGCAGAUGCAGAUGAAAAAGUUGUGAAAGACAAUGCACCAAGAAGUAAAUCUCCUGAACACUCUCAAGGCCAAAUGCUCUCACCCAGGAGGACAUGUUCCCCACGGACCCACUCACCCAAAGCUGCAUCGCCCAGUAGUCCUCAAUUGCCUGGCCCCAGUGUUGGCCUCAGAGAGGCAAGAGGGCCCAGUGCCUUGUCAGUUCACUCCACAACCUCUGCUAAAUCUGGCAGAUCCAAAUGUUGCUGUGGAGCAGCUUCAGCACUUGAAAAGGCAAAAAAAGAAAAGGAGGGGGAGGAUAAGGAGGUGGAGAAACAGGAAGAUAAUGAGGAGCUGAAAAGUGAGGAGGCUUCUGAGCGGGCUGCCAGCAUUCUGUCCUCCUCAACCAAAAGACAGAGGAGAGAAUCAGGAGGCACAGAGCAACCACCGAGUCGAAAUUCAUCAGGGUCAGUCUCUCUUGGGUUGCCAGAAGACCAAGAAACAGCUGACUCAGACAGUGGCAAUUCCAGUGUUUCUUUUCAGAUAAACAACGCUAUGAAAGAAGAUGUGGAGGGAACACGGUCCACCAUGUCUCAAAAGUCCAACUGUAAUAGCAGUAAAAGCACUUUGUCUCACAAUCCUCUAGCCAUUGAGAUCCCUACUAUUGAAACCACAAGAGGGAGUGAGGAUAAAAGUGAAGAAGGUGGAGAGCAAAAAACAGAAAGAGCAGCCAGUACAUUUUCAGCCAAAAGCAGCAGGUCUUCUUGUAACUGUAGUGUCAAAGCAGCAGCUCAAAUGCUUGACAAUAAGCAACAUACUAGUGCCAGCCCAACCAAAGCAGGAAAUGACCUUGAAACAAGCAGUGUGAAGUCUGCUUCAACUACAAAAGCUAGCAAUCUUGACGCCCCGGACAACAGAACCUCAUCUGCAAUGGCAUCAGCAAGUGCUAAAGUUCGGAGCAAAUCCCCUGCAAGUGCCAGCGCUAAAAAUGCCAAUGUAGCAAAAACAACUGCUGGAGAUUCAGCAAACAAUGACACUGUAAACCAGGCUGUCAGUAGACCAGCUAGUAAGGCCAAAGGGAAAGAAGAUAUGGCAGACAACAAGGUAGCCAGUGUCCUCUCCAAGAGUCCCUGUUGCCUCAAGCCUGAGUCGGCAGCUUCGGCUCACUCAGGCUCCAAAAUGAAAGCCUCAAAGGAGAAUAAAGGAGAGGAGGCCAAAUGUAAUGCAGGAAGUAACAGUGUCAAAACAUCCAGUUCUCAAAAGAAAGAAACACCUAUCGAAUCCUCAAGCCCCUGUCCCUUACACAGCUCCAGACCAUGCAGCAAAGCGGAGACAUGUAGUAAGAGCAAUCUGUUUCACUCCCUGUCCGCUGCUGACCUGCUGAAGGAAACCUUGGCUGUUGCACGUCCCCAUAGCCAACAGACGAAGGCCAGCAAAACUAGUGACAAGCCCAAGAGCGAGAAAAGUGGGAGGUGUCAGAGGAGCAGUAACCAGACUGAUCAGGAGGAGGAGCUGGAACUGACACCUGCCUGUCUGCCCACCGCUUCCCCCAAUGAGGUUGUCAGCGACUGGCUGCGGAGCAUUCCCACUAACGGCAGCAUGCUCGCACUUGGUGAUGAGCUGAAUGAGGAAGGGGGGGAGCAGGAGAAUGUGGUGGAUGAGAAACUUGGAGAAGAGGUAGCAAAGGAGGAGGAGACUCCUGAAGAUGAGAAAGUGGACAAGAAGGAGAAAGUUGAGGCUGAAGAGGAAGAAGAGAAAGAGGAGGAAGCUGUAUGUGACGCAGCAGAGGAGAAGAGUUCAGAUCCAGCUCCAGGUGAUGCAGUGGGGACUUCUUCUCACCCCAACACUCUGUUGUUGAGAGGUGAGUUUCUGCCUAGGAACUGGCAUUCUUCAGCUGCAGUGAUGAAAGUUCUUCUGAGCUCCUCUCUGGGUCGAUGUCAGAGCAUGCCUGAGGUCUCUCCAGUUUAUGGUCGUAGACUGAGCACAUCAGCCAGGGGGCUCUUGGACUGUUUGGCCCAGCUCCAGCUCAUUGACCCUGCAGUGAGCCCUUGCUGUGAACAACAGAAGGACCGCAACCAGCAGUAUGAGGACAUUAUGACCAUCCUUCAAUCCCUCUGGCUCACUGAACCCAGGAACAUUGAGGCCAAGGAGGCCAAAGACAUUGGUACAGAGCAGGUGACUCCACCGAGGUCCUCAUCUGGGGUGGAUAUGAGCACUGGCUCUGGAGGAUCAGGGAAGGAGAAUGGAAAUAAAGGUGGAGAUGAAACGAAGCAAAACAAAACAAAAGAGACAGAAUCUUUACAUGAGGAUGAGGGAGCGAAGAAUGUUGAAGAAGAAGAAGAGGAAGGAAAUGCAGAGGCACGACACAAGGAAAUUGAGUCAGAACCAGAGGAGAUAUCUACAGAGCAUGCACAGACAGACAUAGCAGAGGAAUCGGUACAGAGUGAAGAACAGAGUACAGUCCCUCCAUGUCUAGACAGCCCAAAAGCCUCUGAGAAUCCCUCAUCGUCAGACAAGAGCUCUGCUAAUGACAGCUCUAAAUCCCCCACCGAAAACGAACGAGAGACGCUGGAGGACUCCAGCUCAGGCACGCCCCCAGCUGUCCUGCGAGCACCCUUGUCAAAAAGGCUAUCCCAAGACCCUGAUCCGGUCUGGGUCCUGCACCUUCUGAAGAAGCUGGAGAAACAGUUCAUGAACCACUACAUUAACGCCAUGGCGGAGUUCAAAGUUCGUUGGGACCUGGACGACAGCCUCAUCCUGGACACCAUGAUAUCUGAGCUAAGGGAAGAGGUGAGCCGACGCAUCCAGAGCAGCAUCGGACGUGAGAUGAGGAAGAUUCAGAGUCGUGCCGGCAGAGCUGGGAGGUCGCCCCGGCCGCCACAAGGAGGGAACCUCUCCAGGGAGUCAACAAUGACAGAGAAGAGGCGUCGAAUAUUAAAGGUCAUGAAGAACCAGUCCGUGAAAACUGCUGACUCCCUCAGCGAUGGAGAGAUGACAGGUGAGUUCAGCGACCAGCGAAGCGAUGACGACUACUGCCCCUGUGAUGCUUGUGUCCGCAAGAAAAUGGCUGCCCGGCCUCUUAAAACAAACCCGAUGGCGGCCGAGGCACCAGUGAUGAUGGAGUUUGACCUCCUUAAGAUACUGCAGCUGAAGAAAAGCCCAUCGCCUGCAGCCGUGCCACAACCUGCGGAGGAGGAAGGUGACAGUGUGGUCGUAGACGAGGAGGGCAGGAAUUUAGAGGUUUUGCAGGAGGAAGAGGAGGAGGAUGAAACUAAAGAGGAUAUCAAAGCUGAUGUUGUUUUAGAGGAGACGAUCCCAGAAGAAGAUGAGGAAAUAGGAGAAGAAGAAGAUGGGGGAGAGGCAGGAGAAGAGGAGGAGGUAGGAGCAAAAGAGGAAAAUAGUAUGGGUGAUGAGGAGCAGGAAGAGGGAGAAAGAGGUGGUGAGGAAGCUGGGGAAGAGGAGACAUCAGAAAAUGGAGAGGAGGAGGAGGCGGCAGAAUGUCAAUGCCAGUCUGCCAGAAAUGAGGAGGAGAGCGACAAAGCAGAGGAGGGAGAGGGGGAAACAGCAGAAGCAGAGGAUGCUGAAGAAACUAGCGAGAACACAGGUGACGAUGAGACAGCAGAUGAUGAAGAGAGAGCAGGGGAGGAAGAGGGGGAGAAUGCAGAGGAUGAAGGGGAGCCAGGGGAUGAGAAAGAGACAGGAACUGAGGAAGAAGAGGAGGAGAGUGACAAGGAGACAGUAAAAGAGGCAACAGCAGGUGAAGGAGAGACCACUGAAAAUGGUAAGGGUGAGGAGGAGGAGGAGGAAGAGGCAGAGGUGGAAGAGUGUGAGGAAGAAAAUGAAACGACAGGCAGGGAAAGUGGAGAAGAAGAGGCAUCUGGGGAAACGGAGGACGACAGUGCUACAAAAAAUGAGGCAAAUGAAGAAUCCACGGUGGCGGAGGAGUUUGUGGAGGGAAAUGUCAGCGCUUCAGCAGAGGCAGAAGAUGAAGACGACGAGGACGAUGGCACUGGGGAGGGGGAGUCACAUGACAACGAAAAGGGAGGAGAGAGUGAAGAAAAGGAAGGGGAGGCAUCAGAGGAAGAAAGAGCCUCACUACAGGGCCACGGGGUGACUGAGGGAGAAGAGGCUGACGCCGAAGACUCAGACACUGACAAACGUCCAAGUGACACCAGUGCAGAUGAAUCAGGACGUGAGGGGCCUGGAGCCACAGGAGACGAGGAGGAGAAAGAGGGCGGAGAUGGAGAUGAGGUUGUGGAAGAUGCUGUUGAAGAGUUCAAGCCUGAGGAGGAGGAGGAGGAGGUGGAGGAUGAGGUGGUGGUGGUGAGCAGAAACAAAAGAGAGGAUGGUGCUCUCCUCCAUCAGUUAACAAGGACCUCUGUGGAGUCCCAGCCCGGCUCCUUGGAGGACAUAAACACAGAUUCACCCCAAAAUCCUGUAAACUCCAUUGAAGUGCCCAAAAUGGCUGCAGGUGUAUCCACUGGUGGUGGUAUGGGCCAGAGGAGGAGCCGGUCACCGGCAAGGGUCAAACGCCGCAAAGCCAAAGAGAGUGACGUCGAACUGGAUAACUUUUAACUCACACAGAAAACAAACUUAUGGUGCGAGUUCACAGACUUCAGAAGGUUCAAGACUCCCAUAAACCCUUGCUCUGUCAGUGACUACUCGGGUAGAAUUAUGUAGGUUAAAAAACUAUUACCAAAAACAAAGACUUAAACACUUGAAGCACUUUAUCACUCCAGAUCUGGUGUAGGAGGAGUCACAGUGAUUUACAUGUAGAAUCUUGAAACUUGAAAUCACCACCUUAUCCUAUUUAAUUAUAUGAAUUAUAUUUGUAAUGGUUAUUUGUAUAUUUUUUAAGUUAAUUGUAUGUAUGAAGGAAUAUAUCCAUUUCUGUACUCUAUGUGUACGAAUAAGAUAUAUUUUUGAAACAAAACAAAAAAAUUACACCUAUGAGUAUAUUAUGUAAACUCAGUUUUGUGUUCAUUGGGCCACAGGUUUAAUGACUUAUUGAAUCAUAUAGCCAUUAAGAUACCAAGUACCUCGGAGAUAUGUUAGAUGUUAAUUGACUGUUUCAGUAGUGUUUGACAGAACCAGUGUAUUGAUACUGUUUUUUGGACUUGUUGUAUUCUCAGGGGUUUGGACAGUUUGCUCUUGAAAGGUCAUCGCCUAGCUAUUACUUAACUACCUUAAAACUACUUAAAUCUGUAGUCUGUAAAAAAGACCACUCUUUAAAUCUACUCAAGCUCUGUGAUGUAACCUGAUUACCUUAAAGCAAUAGUUUGACAUUUUCAGUUUCUUGCCAAGAGUUAGAUGAAAAGAUUGAAGCUAAAGCUAAAGAUGGUUAGCUUAGCUUAGCACAGAGAUUGGAAGCAGGUGGAAACCGCUUGCCUGGCUCUGUCCAAAAGGUCCAAAGGUAAUGAAAUCUCUACCAACACCUUUAAAAGCUCACUAAUUAACACAUUGUAUCUGGUUUGUUUAAUUCGUACAAAAACCAAAAUGCAAAAAUAACAAGUUGUGGUGUAUGGAGGAGUAAUGUGAUGGGCUAUAUCUUAGCCAGGUGCAGGGACUUCCUUGAGUCUUGUCAUUUUCGUGAGGUUGCCAGGCCAGAUAUAAUGUCUUAAUUAGAGACCUUUUGUUUGCACAAUUUUCUAACCUCUGGACAGAGCCAAGCUAGCAGUUUCCGCCUGUUUCCAUUCUUGCCUGUUUCCAUGCCAGCUGAGCUAAGCUAAUCAACUCCUGGCUGUAGCUUCAUAUUUAGCAUAGAGCAUAUUUAGCAUGAGAGUGGUAUUGAUCUUCUUAUCUAACUCCAUGCGCCAUUUAGGUUACUUUUGGAUUACUUUCUACUCCAAAAUUGAGAGAAAAAAAGGAAUUUAUUCCAAAUCAAAAACUGUAUUUUAGUAGCUUUAUUGUAUUAUGUUUUAAUUUUUGCGAAUUUGAAUAGGUUUUCCCCUUACACAUGCUGAUGCGUAAACUAUUUUCAGUAACUGUACCUCAUUAAUAUAUAUAUAUAUAUAUAUAUAUAUAUAUAUAUAUAUAUAUAUAUAUAUCCAUUUACUGUACAUGCUUUCCCAGGAAUCCAGUUAAAAACUUGCACACCAUAUCACAAUGUGACACUGAGCAUAUCUGUGUGUUUCUGACAAUAUCUACAGUAAAAGCCAGGAGGAAAACAUUUGAAUUUCAGGAUGAUAUAAACCUUUCUCUGCAGCUUUUCUUAGGUGUGUAUUAUAUGCUGUAGAUUCAGGUGCGGUUUGCAUAACGGGCCAUGUGGAACAACAGCGUGAAGCGUGUUACUGAUGCCUUACUGUAUCCAUGGUUAUAGGAAGGUAGAUCGACAGAAACAGAGGGAGAGAUCACGGUUAAGUGGCUGUCUUUUGUUUCCUGACAUCUCUCUCUUUAAGUGGCUCUCCAGCAGAGCCAAAGAGCCUGUUAAAGAGGCUGGAAUGGAUCAAAGCUGCUCUUUAAAAUGCUGGAAAAUAUACUUUUUAAGACCCAUUAGGAGUAUUUUAUCUCAUCAGCCCAAACGAAGCUGAGUGAGCUGGGCUCCAGGCUUACUCCUUAACAGUACUUUUAGAGCAGAGAUAUUCUGCAAAUGGUCAGUUUGUGCUCAGGACAGUGUGAACGAGGCAAAAUGUGUAUCUCUUGUUGCUUAGUUUGACAAACACCUCCUGUUUGUGGGAUCAAGAGGGUGUGUGUGUGUGUGUGGGUGUGUGGGGGUGUGUGUGUGUGUGUGUGUGUGUGUGUGUGUGUGUGUGUGCGCGCGCCUGCCUAUGCUGCUAUUGGUCUGUUUGGCUGUCCAUCAGUCUGUGACAUCACCAAGUGAACAUCAUGUACCUAGAGCAAAUGAAUACAUGAAUGUAAUAAUGUUGAUAUAAAUAAAAUAAAUGCACAGGA